AUGGAUCUUAAUGGUGGAGAAUGGGAUAUUCUUCCUGCUUUACUAGAGACAGUUCGAUUCAAAAAUAUUGUCCUCGACGUAGAUCUCAGAGUUCGAUUUUGGAUUGGUGAAGACAACGAAAACUAUCGUCGUAUUCUGAUGUAUUUCUUGCAGCUUGAAAAUUUUGGAUUCAGGAAGUUAUAUUCGAAAAUAGUUGAUGGUACAACAGCAAUCAUCAGCUUUAGAAAUAUAUUGUUAGCAUAG